AUGUUGCUUGGGGAGGGGUUAUUGCUGGUGGGACAGAGAGAGCUGGAGGUACGCACGGGUUCUCCACCCUUGCUGUGGGGCCUAUCUGAUUUGCCCUUCUAGUCCAGGUUGUUGAGAAUCAAAGAGGCUUAAGUAAAUAAAAGGAUGAAGCUUUACAGUUUAAGUGUCCUUUACAAAGGAGAUCCCAAAGUGCAUUUACUGAAAGCUGCCUAUGAUGUGUCAUCAUUUAGCUUUUUCCAGAGAUCCAGUGUUCAGGAAUUUAUGACCUUCACAAGUCAGCUGAUAGUAGAGCGUUCAGAACCUGGCACCAGAGCUUCUGUGAAGGAGCAAGAGUAUCUCUGCCAUGUUUAUGUGCGGAAUGACGGAUUGGCUGGAGUGCUGAUUGCAGACAAUGAGUAUCCAUCCCGGGUGUGUUUCACCUUGUUGGAUAAGGUGCUGGAUGAAUUUUCCAGGCAAGUUAAUAGGAUAGACUGGCCUUCUGGAACCCCGGCAACAAUAAACUACACAGCUUUGGAUGGUUACCUUAGUAAAUACCAGAAUCCUCGUGAUGCAGACGCAAUGACAAAAGUGCAAGCCGAGCUGGAUGAGACCAAAGUCAUUCUGCACAAUACCAUGGAGUCUUUGUUAGAAAGAGGAGAGAAGCUGGAUGACUUGGUGUCCAAAUCAGAAGUUCUUGGAACUCAGUCAAAAGCCUUCUACAAAACUGCCCGCAAGCAGAACUCGUGCUGUGAGGUCAUGUGACCCCGUCGGCUGGAACCUGCCACCUGCUCUGGACUUCAUUCACAUUCAGGGCUCCAGGACACAGCAGUGAAAAGAUGCACUCCUACGACUUCCCAUGGCACUCCUUGUUUCCGGAUAUAGCCACCUCAGCCAGGCUGGAUGCACUGAAAAAGGAUAUGAUGUUGUGGUUCAUGAAUUUAAAACAAUCUUUUUUUUCUCCUCUUGAAAAAAGGCAUCUUGGGCCUCAAGAUGCUUGUACUAUGAGGCUGAGGAUAGACACGGACUUUUUUCCAUUGGUACCAAAUGGGCUCCCUGCUCUAGCAGUCUGGUGGAUAGCUGCCGUGUGGGGCUCUCUGCCCUGCUUCUUUCUGAAACCUGCAAGCAGAUGUGGACUCACUCUGUAUCUGUUGCUGUAUGUUUACGUAACACUAAGAAAACAGCCUGACCACCUGACGGUUGCAAGCCGGGACCAAGACUUGGCUUGUCAGUCUCAACGCUGCAUCUAGUGGUGACGAUGAGUUUCUCAGUGUGCUAAAAUGUCCCGCGGUAGUUGUGGAAGCAAGGCAGGACUGCAGCCCGUUCAGCAGAGGAGCUCCAAGGGAAUGAGCAAAGAAGUUCCCAGGGUGAGCUUGGGCUUGCGAAUCUGCUUGGAAUUAUUUCCUUUUGCUCAACCUGGGAGAGUCUUUUGAUCUUGUGACUACAUUUGCCAAGGAGCUAAGCAGCAGCUCAUUUUCGUACCCAACACUUAACUGCCACUUGUCAAACAAAAGUGUUCAAGGAGGCUUGUUGUGGCAUCACAAACUGGAAAUCUGUCUCGUCUCAGAGCUUAUUUGGAGAGGGCUUAUCCAUGGCACUGGUCGGUUUUCUGGUCAGUGGCUUCUGUUGUUUUGCAAUGCUUCUCCAUAUAAUGUGUAAAAGCUGUUUUCACAGUCAGCAGCUCCCUUUCACUGGCAAUGUGUUGUGUUAUGGCUGCUGUUAGGCAGUGCCCCUGCCAUGGUAUUAAGCCAGCAGCCCUUGUUGAUGGCAUUGUGCCAUUGCCCAGAAGUACCACCUGCUGCUUUGCACAAGGAGCUGUGCCAGAGUUCUGUAGUUUGACCUGUCCUAUAUUGGGUGUAAAGUGUUUUAGCCGCUGAAGUUGUGCGUCUUGGUGUCUUGUAAUGUUCUUGGCUGGACCUACAUCAUCCCCACUGGAGAGUUUGUCCCUGCUGGCUAGUUUUGUUUAAAUACCAGAAAACGUUGAUAAUAAUCUCUUGUCUUUUCUAUCAGUGGUGCCUGAGCUCUUAGGCCCAUUCUGUCUUGGGAGGCAGGGAUGCUAUUCUACAAUUGGAGUUCCACCCUGAUCUUGCCUUUUCUGUACCUCAACUGUGGUGGGUGUGUCUGCACACAGGUGAGAAGCAUCACUUUAAAAAAAAAAAAAAGCCUUAGAGAAGGAGCCGUGAGAAUAGCAGCUUUGGUGUCAACAGGACGGAACUGCUACGUUGUGCUGUUGUACAUCAGUGGGAUCCUGGGAGGGUGUAUAUGUCUGGGACAGCGACAAACACCUAUUUUCUGAUCUAGGUCUUGUGGUAACUGAAGUGACAUCACUACCAUAACGCUUCCCUCUUUUCCGGAGAGGCAUAAGGACGGUUAUAGGGGUGGAGGUCUUCCCUGCUCCCAUUACUGUGCAACAGGCUGUAGCAAAGGGGGCGAAUGCCACUAGGGCAGAGCCGAGGCUUAUCGACAAGGACCGUGAGCAUGAGUGCAAUUUGUGACUUGCAAUCUGUUCACUUUUUUGUGCUUUUGUGACAUAUUUGACUGUGCCGCUUCCUCAUGGGCAACAGCAACUUCAACUUUCAAACCCAUUUUUGCAAUGUAUUUAUUACUUGAUAAGAAAGCCUACACCAAGCCCAGGGCAGGGGUGAAAUGGGCCAAGUGAGAGACCCAGGGUUUUACUCAGCUUUUGUUAUCAUAGUUGACCUGUGUUGGCUUGAUGGUGGAUGUUUUGGGACAGUUUGGCUGCAUUUACUUGCUCUUUGCAGCAGAGCCCCACGCACACCUUGGCCAAUCACAAACUUGGAUCGACAUUCUUAUGCAGACUGCGUUGGUAGAACCAGUGCAGCACCCCUCUUGGUGCCAGUGUAUCACCAGCCUUAAUUUCUUUUCUUUUCUUCCUUGGAUCUCUGCUAUCUGAGGGCUGUCUUUUCUGUAAAGCCCAUUUUUUUGUUAAUGGUCUUCUGGGCUUGAUCUUAACGAGUUCUCUCCUAACAAGAGGCCGGAUAGUGAGCCACAGUGAUUUCCAUUCCUCCUUGCUUUGGGAGAGAACAACUGUUCCCGUUUGUCAUUUUUUAAAACUGAAAAUUAACUUCAGAAACUGACCCCGAGAAGUAAAAUGGCAAGGCUAAUUUGUAAAGUGUUUUGCGACCUUAGGCUCAUGUGCUCACACCUCUCUACCUGUCCUCUUUCUAAUGUGGAAGCUUUUACUAAAGAUUGUAUUUUAAUAAAUAUGGCCUAACUUCUGUA